AUGGCUGGAGAAUUGUCACCCGAUGAUGUAGUAUUUUUAAAAAAUAUUGGAGUAGGUACGAGAGACAUUAAUGAUACAUUUUUUGAAGACUCUCAUCGAGCUUGUAAAGUUUUUCAACGAACCGGGAUUACAAUAGACGAUGAGGAGCAAUUUUUGCAUCAAUCGAUGAAUGAGUUUAAAUGCAAUGCACCAGGAUGUGAGAUAAAAUUCGACAAUCUUCUGGAUUUUGAAAUACACUACAAUAGUUGUCAUAGAUUUACUUGUGCAGAAUGUAAGAAGAUAAACGCUAAUGCACGAUUGUUAGAAAUUCAUAUUGAAGAAAAUCAUGAUAGCUUUUUCAAAGUUUUAGCUGAUAAAAAACCAAUGCAUCAAUGCUAUGUCUCGGACUGCUCUAUCAAGUUCAAAACCUCUGAAGAUAGAAAACAGCAUUGCAUUGAAGUUCAUAAAUUUCCAAAGUUAUUUAAAUUCGACGAAUUGUCACAAAGAAAAUCCGUGAAAAAACCUACCACACAUCCAGAAAACGCAAUGGAAGUAGAUGAUAAUAAAAAGAAAAUUAAAUUAUCAAAUAAUAAAAAAGCUAACGACAAUAAAGGAUUAAGUGUUGAUUUGAACAAGAAUCAAAAAUUAAAAACAUUCAGCUCGCAAUGUAAGAGUAAAGUCGAUGAGUAUCAUCCAAUUGGUGGUAAUUCAACAUCUUCAGGCUCUUCAUUCGGGCAGUUAUUAUCAUCAACAAUGAAACCUGCAUCUUCAUUGAUGUUCAUUCCACGACAAAUAUUGCAUAAACCACAUUCACAGAAUCUCAGACGAAGCAGAACGAUAAAAAGUGAUAUUGAAAAUGAUAAUUUAAUGGAGCUGAGUGAUGCAUUACCUCUAGUAUAG